CCACAUCCCCACUCUGCUGGGAAGCCAGGCUUGGGAGAAAAUCGCCGUCGCUUCCUUGCUCUUCUGUGGAUGUAACGCCCUGGAGUCCUUCGUCACGAGCCUGGAGCCGUCCUCCAUCAGCUGGAAAGAAGAAUGUCCUCGCGUGUCUGACGAGGCGCUGUGGCUUGUUCCCCAGAUUCCCUGGCUCGACGAGUCCUUACUCAUCCGCUUGUUCAGAACAGGGACUUCACGAGACCCCCUGCGAGCCCCACGAGGACAUUUCUCGGCUGGUGGCUGGGUGGAAGCAGGAGAGCGAGUGCUGUAGGUGACAGCGGGGCUCACGGAGGUGUGCCUGCCACGGGGCUGGGUGCUCAGCUCCUAUAGCAGAGUCCAGAGGCACCUGUACAAGAGCGAGGCGUGUCGGAAAACCUGAUGCCUCACCUCUGCCAAUGUGGAGGCGGAGGGAGGAGGGCCCAAAGACAUGUCCCUUCACGCUCGCAACAGCUGAAAACGGAGAAGGAAACUCGCUAGAGCCUUUUUUACCAGCGCAGGAGGCCUCGCUGUCCCGCUCUCACCUCGGAAGCCCUCCCAUACGCCAGUACUCUGGGGGGGUGGCAGUCCCGCACCCGCUGGGCGAUGAACAUCGCAAGGAGAAGAGGCUUUUACAGACAGGAGGUGAACAAAACCCUCUGGGAGCUGCCCAGGAGAUACACAUCCCUCCACCCGGUGGGGUCCGGAGCCUACGGCUCGGUGUGUUCAGCCAUAGACAAGAAGACAGGGGAGAAAGUGGCUAUCAAGAAGCUCUGCCGCCCGUUCCAGUCGGAGAUCUUUGCCAAGAGAGCAUACAGAGAGCUCAUGCUGUUGAAGCACAUGCAACACGAGAACGUCAUUGGGCUGCUUGAUGUCUUCACCUCCGCCACCUCCUACCAGGGAUUCCAGGACUUCUACCUGGUGAUGCCAUACAUGCGGACAGAUUUACAAAAGAUCAUGGGACAGGAAUUCAGUGAUGAAAAGAUCCAGUACCUGGUCUACCAAAUGCUGAAAGGGCUGAAGUAUAUUCAUUCAGCCGGCAUCAUCCACAGGGACCUGAAGCCCGGCAACCUGGCUGUGAAUGAAGACUGUCAGCUAAAGAUCUUGGAUUUUGGCUUGGCCAGACACACCGAUGCUGAAAUGACCGGCUACGUGGUUACGCGCUGGUACAGAGCCCCAGAAGUCAUUCUGAACUGGAUGCAUUACAACCAGACAGUGGAUAUCUGGUCUAUCGGCUGUAUCAUGGCAGAAAUGCUGACUGGAAAAACACUAUUUAAAGGAAAAGACUACCUAGAUCAACUAACUCAGAUCCUGAAAGUAACGGGGCAUCCGGGAGAAGACUUUGUGGACAAGCUGGAGGACAAAGCGGCUAAGAGUUAUAUCAAGUCCCUUCCUAAAAUCCCCAAGAAGGAUUUGUCUGUGCUUUUCCCCAAAGCCAAUCCUCAGGCAGUGGACCUGCUUGACAAGAUGUUGCAGCUCGAUGUGGAAAAGCGCCUUACAGCGACGGAGGCGUUGGCUCACCCCUAUUUCGACCAGUUCCGAGAUGUCGAGGAGGAGACAGAAGCGCAACAGUCCUAUGAUGAUUCUCUGGAACAUGAAAAGCUUUCGAUAGAUGAGUGGAGAAAGCAUAUUUACAAGGAGAUCUUGUCCUUCAGUCCCAUUGCACGGAAGGACUCAAAGAAGCGAAGUGGGAUGUCAUUAUAACAACCAGUGCGGCUGUGGCUGGGAUUCAUUUCUCCAGGAAGAUGGAUCGGAUUUACUCCACGCUGCCUUGCUGGUGGCCAUCGUUUGGCCUGUGGGACUUCUCUAUGUGCCAACACAAGGAUGACACUGUGCUGCGGGCAUUGGACUUUGUUCUACUAAAUGGGGAAGCACCCCAAACAGUUUUCAACACAAAAGAUAAAUAUAUUCUCAUUGAAACUUUAAGUGGGAGAAUUUUAACUGGUGUUUGUUUUUUUUUUUUAAUAUAUUUGCCAACUUGAGAGAGCAGGAGUUUCAUUGCUCCCUUCUCAUUAGUCUUUCCAAGCGCAGGUUUUAGUACAUUAAUUAUGGAUAAGGUAAAGAAAAAGGUAAAAUUGUCUGGGAACUGAGUCCCAAGCAAAAUAAUCAGAAAUAGUGAAAUUCAGCAUAACAAGACUUUAUCCAAUCUAACUCUGAGUGCAUCCCCUUUCCCUGAGCAGUCAAACAGCAUCCAGCACAGCAAGGUUGCUGGGAUGGUGUCAGCUCCAGGAUGCCAUGGGAAUCCAGCUGAUGAUGGGAUUGAU